GAUGCUCACGUUUCAGAUGACACACAUCGGCGGUGUUGUGUCCCUCAUCUACGGAGUGCUCCUCCACUCGGGUGCGCCUCAAAGGGCUGACGGCGAUCGGCCCCCACUCGCGGCCGAUCAUACCCUGGAUCUGACUCUGGAAGUGAUCAGACUUUUGAAUUACGUGUCGCUAUUGGAUCUGAAUGUGGUUCAGUGUGUUUUAGGCGGCGAAGGGCUGUCACUACAGCUCCGGCACAUCUGUUCAUACCUUCUCUGGUAUUGCACUCACCAUAAGAGGGAAGCGCUGCUCAACGAAGCGAUUCUAUUGGUCGGCAACUUUGUUGUCCUCAACGAUGAGAAUCAGGCGCUGCUAGAGUCGGGCCAACGGCCGACUGUCGUCCAGCAGUUGUGUUCGCUGCCCAUCGAGUACUUCAGCGACGAUCGACUGUCUCGGGUGUUGUUCCCGACGCUAAUCGCCUGU